CUGUAUACAUUUUCCAGGAAGAACGUGGGACACUCUGGAUGUGGAUUUACAAGUUGGUGCUGGAGGAUUUAAUUAAUCCAUAUCUCAUACUGCCAGGAAAAAAAGAUAAUAGUAUUUUUUCUAGCAAGGAUUUAUGCUGGAAGAUUGCCUUGAGUUAAAGCAAAGGGUCCCCCUUGUACCACAGAAUUAUGGCCUGGCUUCUUCUUAGAACUUGCUUCCAAAAAGUUGUCCCUGGUGGUAGAUUUUCUUACAAAACCAGAGCAUGGAGCAGGGGACCCCUGGCUGCAUAUAUGCCAGAAGCCACGUCUUUUCUUGGUCCAGUGGAUCACCAAGGGCUGUAUCAGGUGUCAGUGGAGCAAACAGAUGCCUUCUGGGGAACACUAGCAAGAAGCCGACUUUUGUGGAUCAGUCCUUUUCAUUCUGUCAGUAAAUGUAACCUGCAGCAAGGCCACGUGUCCUGGUUCCUGGGAGGACAGCUGAAUGUAGCUGUCAACUGCUUGGACCGGCAUGUCCACCAAGCUCCAAAUAAAGUGGCCCUGAUCUGGGAGAAAGAUGAACCUGGGCAAGAGGAACGAAUUACAUACAGAGAACUGCUGGAGAUGACAUGCCGCCUUGCAAACACCUUGAAGCGACAGGGAGUGAAGAAGGGUGACAGAGUUGUGAUUUACAUGCCUCCAUGUCCAAUGGCUGUGAUGAGUAUGUUGGCCUGUGCCCGAAUUGGAGCAAUACAUACAGUGGUCUUUGCUGGAUUCAGUUCUGUUGCUUUGGCAGACAGGAUCCAAGAUGCAAAAUCCGAAACUGUGAUCACAGUAAACCAAAGCAUCCGAGGGGGGAAAGUGGUGGAGUUGAAGCAGACAGUUGACCAAGCUAUUAAAAUGUGUCCAAUGGUGAAGCGAGUUUUUGUUUCAAAGAGGACCGAUGCCAACGUUUCAGUGUCAGCACUGGACAUCCCACUAGAGGAGGAGAUGGUGAAAGAGGAUGCAAACUGUGAACCGGUUGCCUUGGAGAGUGAAGAUUUCUUGUUCCUUCUCUAUACAUCAGGAAGUACUGGGAAGCCCAAAGGACUGGUCCACUCACAAGGAGGCUACUUGCUAUAUGCUGCUCUCACACACAAGUAUGUGUUUGACUACCAUGAUGGAGAUGUUUUCUGCUGUGUGGCCGACAUUGGUUGGAUCACAGGACACAGUUAUGUGGUCUAUGGACCUUUGUGCAAUGGAGCAACAACGGUCCUUUUUGAGAGCACUCCACUCUACCCUAACCCAGGGCGUUACUGGGAAACUGUGGAGAGAUUAAAGAUAAAUCAGUUCUAUGGAGCCCCUACAGCUAUUCGCCUCCUGCUUAGCCAUGGAGAUAACUGGGUAAAGAAAUAUGACAGAUCUUCCCUCAAAAUCCUUGGAUCAGUGGGAGAACCUAUCAACACAGAAGCCUGGGAGUGGUUCUUCAAUGUGGUUGGAAAUGGGCAGUGUCCAGUAGUUGAUACAUGGUGGCAAACCGAAACAGGAGGCAUCUGUAUUGCUCCUCGUCCUUCAAACCCUGGAGAUGAGAUCCUUCCAGCCAUGGCCAUGAGACCGUUCUUUGGCAUCCAGCCUUCCAUUCUGGAUGAUAAAGGAAAUGUUUUAACACAGAAUGAUAUCUCUGGAGCUCUCUGUAUAUCUCAAGCCUGGCCAGGGAUGGCAAGAACUAUUUACAAUGACCACCAAAGGUUUUUGGAGACCUACCUGAAGCCUUACCCAGGCUAUUUCUUCACUGGAGAUGGAGCAUAUCGAACCAGUAAAGGAUAUUACCAGUUAACAGGUCGCCUUGAUGAUGUCAUCAAUGUCAGCGGGCACCGACUGGGUACUGCUGAGAUAGAAGAUGUUUUGAAUAAGCAUGAGGCAGUGGCAGAGUCGGCCGUGAUUGGAUAUCCUCACAAGAUCAAAGGAGAAGGUGUCUAUGCAUUUGUCAUGUUGAAGGAGGACUGCAGUUUCUCCCAAGAAAGCCUGGCUUCUGAACUUCGGGGACUUGUCUCAAAAGAGAUUGCAAAAUAUGCAGCACCAGAAUAUAUUCAGAUAACUCAGCAUCUGCCCAAGACUCGCUCAGGGAAAAUUAUGCGGCGGGUUCUGAAGAAGAUCGUAGAAAACAAAGCAGAUGAACUUGGAGACUUGACAACUCUGGAUGACCAUGAAAUAGUGAAAAAGAUCAUUGAGGGACAUGGGCAACUUUUGCAGAAAGAACAGGGCCGGUAACAAAUGCUCCUGAGCACCAACAGUUGUGUCAGGAAAAAAACAUUUUAAGAAGAUAAUACCAUAAGAAGAACCCUGCUGGAUCAGACUGAAAGCCUGUCCGGUCCAGCAUUUUAUUGGAACAGUGGCCAACCAGUUGCCUGACCUCCAGAAGGGGCCUGUAAUAGUUUCGAACUGCUGUGAUUCCUUUGGUAUAUUAUCUUGCAGAAGGUGUUUUAAUAAUACAUGGUGAAUUAAAAAAAACAAACAUCCAAAGCAACUAACAAUACAUUUUCCCAAGAGGGGUGAGGAGCAUAUGGGUGAUUGCUGAGGAGGAAAAAAGAGAAGAAGUUUACUGAUUAAUACUGGGCACCAGGUUGCCUUCUUUACGAAACCACUCUCAGGUGACAGUGCAUGUUCUAGGAGACUGACAGAGCAGCAUAGAGACAGGGACCUACUCUUCCUGACACACCACCACGCAUCCAAAACAUUCAGUAAAAAAUAAUUUUAAAAACCCCCACUUUUAAACAGACUCAGGAGCGUUGGUCAACUUUAUUCCAAUGAUGGGGGAGAGGUUCAGAUUUUCACACUGGAAACAUUUGGACAUACUCAUAAAAGAGAAAGGAGAGGGAAAUAUAAAAGGGUGGAUACAGAAUAUCUGUCCGUCUAUCUAUUUACCUAUCUAUUAAAAUCAGUGCAUUAUUUUGUCUAUUGGA